AUGGCCCUCAAGCCCUUUGGCAAGAUGGAAGAGUACACGGGCAGCGUCCCGUGGGCCAUCUUUCCGCGCAAGCGCCUCGACAUUACGUACGCGGACAUUGUCUCGGGCAUCUCAAGCUGCUUCUACCUCCGCGACAGCCAGCGCGAGUCGCUCACGAACGACGUCGAGAAGCUCUGGGAUCCGUCGGGCCAUGGGCUCGUCUGCCUCUCCGUGCGCACCGGCUUUGACCUGUUCCUGCAGACGAUGAACUACCCAAAGGGCAGCGAGAUCAUUUGCUCGUCGAUAACGAUCCCCGACAUGAUCAAGGUCCUCCACCACCACGGCCUCGUCGCCGUCCCCAUCGACUUGGACGACACGACGCUUGCGAUGCAGACCGAGACGCUGGCCGCCGCCGUCACCGACAAAACCAAAGCCAUCUUGGUCGCGCACAUCUUUGGCACACUCACGAACCUCGACCCGGUCGUCGAGGUUGCGAACGCCCAUAAGCUCCUCGUGAUCGAGGACUGCGCGCAAGCCUACUGCGGCCCGUCGUACAAGGGUCACCCCAAGGUCGACGUGUCCAUGUUCAGCUUUGGCACGAUCAAGACGUCGACGGCGUUUGGUGGCGCCAUGUUCCGCGUCCUCGACAACGACAUCCUUGAUGGCAUGAAGCGUCGCAACAACCGCUACGAGCCGCGCUCGCGCACAUUCUUCCUCCAGCGCCUCGUCAAGUACAGUGCGCUCCAUGGCAUGACGUCGCCACCGCUCUUUGGUCUCUUCCUCAAGGCCUGCCGCCAGCUCGGCUACAACCACGACGAAGUGAUUACGUCGCAGAUCCGCGGCUUUAGCGGCGGCGACCUCAUCACGCUGCUCCGCCAGCGCCCGUCGAUGCCGCUUCUCGGACUGCUUCACCGCAAGCUCUCGACGUACGACCACGCCUACGUCCUCCAGCGCAAGACCAAGAGCGAGCUCCUCGAGCGCCUCAUCAAGAACGUCCCGCAAGCGUCGGUCCCCGGCAACCUCGCUCGCAACCACUACUACUGGCUCUUUCCUGUUGUGUGCCCCGAGCCCAAGCGCGUCGCUGCCCUCAUGAUCCAAGACGGGUUUGAUGUGACGUCGGGCGCGACGCAGCUCGCCUUUGUACCGCACCCCACGAAUGCGGCGUUCGACCCGGUCAACUCCAAGGCCAUCAUGCAAAACCUCGUGUACUUGCCCGUGACGGCCGAGAUGCCAAACUGGGCCGUCGAGAAGAUGGCCAAGUCCUUUGCGAAGGCUGUCGGUACGGUCUCGCGCGCCAAGCUCUAG